ACGUAACACGCGCGCCCGCACACAUAAGAUUCGUGGACAUAUGCGUCUGCGCGCACAAGAUUUGUGGAAUCGGAUAUUGAAUGUACUGCCCUCUGUUUACAGACUCCAAAACUAGGCAAAUACGAUUGUCAAACGAUCUGGCCAAGAUGUUGUGCAAGAUGUUUUACACGUUGGGCUUAGUAGCGGCGAUGCUAUCGUCGAUAUCGGCAAUCAGCCACGACAUUGGCAGAAGCAAUUUCUUAUUAGUGAUUGUCGACGACCUGAGACCUGCCCUGGGAUGUUAUGGAGAUAGAAGAGCCCAUACACCCAAUAUCGACCGCCUUGCUUCAGAGGGCAUACGUUUCGAGAAAGCUUAUGCACAGCAAGCACUAUGUGGUCCAAGUAGAAAUUCUCUCCUCACAAGUCGGCGUCCCGAUACUCUGGGGCUCUAUGAUUUUUAUAGCUACUGGCGCGAGGUCGCCGGCAACUACACGACCUUACCCGAGCACUUGCGGAACAACGGCUAUACCACGGUAUCUCUUGGCAAGGUCUUUCAUCCAGGCGCAAGCUCUAAUUACAGUGACGACAGUCCGUACUCCUGGAGUCGAACGCCUUUUCAUCCUCGCACAGAUCGUUUCAAGGACGCUCCAGUUUGCUCUGGACAACGUUCACCGCCAGCAAGAAAUCUCAUAUGUCCAGUUCGUGUAUCAUCGAUGCCUACUCGGACACUUCCAGACAUCGAAAUAUUAAAUGCAGCCAAACAAUUCUUGAAUAGUAACAGAGAGGAACCGUUUUUCUUAGCUGUUGGUUUUCAAAAGCCUCACAUUCCUUUGAAAUACCCAAAACGAUAUAUGCGAUUCCAUUCGUUAAGAAAAUUUGUUUUACCAGAUAAGUAUGAAUGGCCUAUCAAUGUAAGUCAUGUGGCGUAUAAUUCUUGGAUGGAUCUUCGUCGGCGAAACGAUGUAAAAAAGUUAAAAUUGCGAUGCCCUUGGCAAAAGAUACCAAAGAAGUAUGCGAGAAAGAUAAUCCGAGCGUAUUAUUCGGCGGUGACGUACAUCGACGAUCUGAUCGGACAACUGAUGAACGAAUUGGAAAUGUUGAAAAUUCGCAAAAAUACAGUGAUAAUUUUGACAUCCGAUCAUGGAUGGUCCCUCGGUGAGCAUGCCGAAUGGGCCAAGUACAGCAACUUUGAAGUAGCGUUGCGGGUUCCGUUAAUAAUUUCCAUUCCAAAUCUGACAUUCAAAUCAUACGACACCCGGAACUUAUGUUUGGUGAGCAAAGCCAUUCGUAGUCAGAAUUGCCGGACAAAAGCAUCGGUCGACGAGUGCUGCGAUGAUUGUAAAAUGAUUGCUAAUCCGGUUGAGCUUCUGGAUGUUUUCCCAACCAUAGCCGAGCUUGCGGGUUUCCCAGUACGUAGCUGUCCUCGAAAGAAAUCCGAUUCUAUACCGAAUCUUUGUACCGAAGGCUCAUCUUUAAUCCCUUUGAUCGAAGGAUUGUUGCGGUGCCAGUCCUCAUCGUGGAAAAACGCGGCCCUUAGCCAAUAUCCAAGGUCGACGACACAUCCGACGUGCACGGCGAGUGAUGACGAGCCUCGUCUUCGAGACAUUACCAUAAUGGGUUAUACUUUGCGUACUAUUCGGUAUAGAUACACUGCGUGGGUAGGUUUUUCAGCGAUAUCCAAACGACCUGACUGGCAAGAAAUACUGGCGGAAGAACUGUACGAUCAUUCCGUUGAUGCCGAUGAGAAUUUCAAUAUUGCUAAUUUGGAUGCUUCUCAUCGAGUUAAAAGUGAUUUAAAAAACUUGUUGAUUUUUCAAUUGAACAAUGAGUGAUUUAAGUUACGCACCAUCGA